AUGGCGGGUGGGCGGCAGCAGGUUUGCAGGGGGAGCCAGGCGGGGAGGGCGUCCGGCCCCCAGCAGACCCCCGCUACCGAGCACGGCCCCUCGCCACCGGGCCACACCGGCAGCCGGCGGCUCCCCCCUCGAAAGCACAAGCCCCCCCGCCCCGGAUCCCCUGGCGAUAUCCCCGCCCGUGGGUCCCGGCCCCGCGGCGGCCGUCGGGGCUGGAGGAGCCGGGGCAGUAGCGGCGGGGGCUCCCCGCGAGCGGGGAACCGGCCCGGCGCCGCCAGGACACCCCCGCCGCCGGCUCCCGCCCAGCCGGCCCAGCACACCUACGGGGAGGUGAACCAGCUGGGCGGCGUCUUCGUCAACGGGCGGCCGCUGCCCAACGCCAUCCGGCUGCGGAUCGUGGAGCUGGCGCAGCUCGGGAUCCGGCCCUGCGACAUCAGCCGCCAGCUCCGCGUCUCGCACGGCUGCGUCAGCAAGAUCCUGGCCCGUUACAACGAGACCGGCUCCAUCCUGCCCGGGGCCAUCGGCGGCAGCAAGCCGCGGGUCACCACCCCCAACGUGGUCAAGCACAUCCGAGACUACAAGCAGGGCGACCCCGGCAUCUUCGCCUGGGAGAUCCGCGACCGGCUGCUGGCGGACGGCGUCUGCGACAAGUACAACGUGCCCUCGGUCAGCUCCAUCAGCCGGAUCCUGCGCAACAAAAUCGGCAGCCUCUCCCAGCCCGGCCCCUACGACGGCGGCAAGCAGCCGCCCCCCCAGCCCGCCCUGCCCUACAACCACAUCUACCAGUACCCCUACCCCAGCCCCAUGGCCCCCCCGGCCGCCAAGAUGGGGGGCCACCCCGGCGCGCCCGUGGCGGCGGCCCACGUCAGCCUGCCCCGCUCCUGGCCCUCGGCGCACUCCGUCACCAACAUCCUGGGCAUCCGCACCUUCGUGGAGCAGACGGGGGCUCUGGCCGGCACAGAGGGGUCUGCCUACCCCCCCAAAAUGGAAGACUGGCCCAGCGUGAACAGGACGGCCUUCCCCCCGGCCCAGGCGGUCAACGGCAUCGACAAAGCUGCCAUGGAAGGAGAUAUCAAAUACCCGCAGCCCGCCCCGGGGCUCUCCUCGGUGGGCAGCUUCCUCCCGGCCUGCGCCUACCCCCCCUCCAACCAGCACGGCGUCUACGGCGGGCCGGCCGGCGGCUACAUCCCCCCGGGCCACCCCUGGCAGCCGCAGGGCAGCCCCUUGGCCCACCACGGGCCCGGCGUGGCGGUGCACGGCGGCGACCUGGCCACGGCGAUGGCGUUCAAGCAGCCCGGGAGGGAAGUCGUGGACAGAAAACCUGCCAGCCCUGUGGGGAAAUCUCCAGACCCUCUAAAUACCAUCCACGGACUCUCUAUCCCGGCCUCCUCUUCCUAG